GACAUCUCCGCCUCCCAAAACGCGCUCAACGCGCUCUCGCCCGCCGCCCGCCCCUCGCCGCUCACCGCCUCCUGCCCCCGGCCCAUCCCCAACUCCUACUGGGCGACGCCCCUCCUCCUCGCGUGCGAGUACCCCUGGGCGCCCGGGUGCCGCCUCGUCCCGCCCAAGCUCGACGCGCUCCUCGCCGCCGGCGUGCGCACCUUCAUCGACCUCACCGACCCGGGCGAGCUCCAGCCGUACGCCGGCGCCGCGCUCGCCUCCCGCGCCUCGCACCUCCGCAUCGACCCCUCCACGCUCGAAUACCACAACUUCCCCAUCCACGACCGCUCCCUGCCCUCCUCCGUCGAGUACAUGUGCGGCAUACUCCGCGUCCUGCGCGACAACGAAGCGAGGGGCCGGAUCGCGGCCGUGCACUGCAGGGGGGGGAUAGGCAGGACGGGCAUGGUCGUCGGGUGCUGGCUCGUGGAGCGCGGGAUCGCGCGGGACGGCGCGGAGGCGCUCGAGAUGAUCGCGCGCGAGUGGAAGACGGUCGCGAAGUGCGAUCGGUACCCGCACAGUCCGGAGACGGGCCCCCAGUUUGAGUUCGUACGGACCUUCGUCCCG